CAGGUGUAAGCCGAUCCCCCGGCUGUGAGCGGCGGCGGGUGGUGGCAACGGUCUCGGUCCGUGGGUUCUUCUCCGCCAUCGCCUGGAGCGCGUCACUGAACCAUCCACCAUGUCGAUGGGGCUGGAGAUCGGCGGCGUGGCCUUGUCCGUGCUGGGUUGGUUGUGCAGCAUCAUCUGCUGCGCGUUGCCCAUGUGGAAGGUGUCGGCCUUCAUCGGCAACAACAUCGUGACGGCCCAGAUCCUCUGGGAAGGGCUGUGGAUGAACUGCGUGGUGCAGAGCACAGGGCAGAUGCAGUGCAAGGUCUACGACUCCAUGCUGGCACUCCCUCAGGACCUGCAAGCUGCCCGCGCCCUGCUGGUGGUGGCCAUCAUCUUGGCUGUCCUGGGCUUAAUGGUGGCCAUCGUGGGCGCCCAGUGCACCCGCUGCGUGGAGGACGAAAGCACCAAAGCCAAGAUCACCAUCGUCUCUGGUGUCAUCUUCCUCCUCUCUGGUGUCAUGACCCUAAUCCCUGUCUGCUGGUCGGCCAACACCAUCAUCCGGGAUUUCUACAACCCGCUGGUGAUCGAAGCGCAGAAGCGGGAGCUGGGCACCUCACUCUACGUGGGCUGGGCGGCCUCCGCACUCCUGCUGCUGGGGGGGGGCCUGCUCUGCUGCUCCUGCCCCCCCAAAGACGACAGGUACCCCACAGGCAAGGUUGCCUACUCUGCCCCACGCUCUGCCGUCACCAGCUACGACAAGAGGAACUAUGUCUGAGCCCCCCGCGGUCCCCCGGCACCCCUCGAUAUCCCCCACCCCACCCACCCACCCUGAGACCCUCACUGCCCUCCGUGGGGCCCGGGAGCGGCAGAGCCGGGGCGGGGGGGGGGCGCGAAGGUGGGGACGGGGACGGCCGCGGGGUCAGGGCCGGGCUGUGUAAAUAGAGACAGUUUCGGUUAAACAAGAGGCAGUUUCGGGUCGGCGGGAGAAGCGGCACCCGGCGAGGUCCUGCCAUGCCGAUGGGGUAGGAUGAGGACGGGAUGGGGACGGGGCCCUCCUGCUGUGUCCCCCCAUCGCUGCUGGCCCGGCACCGUCUGUCCCUGUUACGCGUAGUCUGUACCGGUUACAUUUGUCAAUAAACGUGUCCUGUUUUGGUA